AUGGGGAGGGCGGGCAGUCGUGGGCGGCCGAGGAGAGGAGAGCCAGCGUCCACCCGUCCGUCCUCCCGGUCGCCCGGAGCCGCGGCCUCGCCCGCUCUCCUCCUUCCGCCCCUCCCCGGCCCCUCUGGCCACCUGCCCGCUCCCCGCCGCCACCCCGGAGAUCCCCGCACCGACCCUGCCCUGCGCCCUGCGGCUUCCGAGCCCCCCGAGGUGGCCACCCCCUGCAGUCCUCCUUCCCAACAUGAGCUGCAGCCUCUCAGGACGGAAAGCCCGGCCGACAAUGUAGACCCGGGGGAAGGGACCUCGCGGCGUGGGUUAACCCUCAAGAGCCCUGCAGAAGACGGGUCCUGCCAGCCACUCCGGACCGGUGUCCCACGGGUGACCCACCCCCAGGCCCAGCCCCAGGCCCAGCCCUUCAGAGGCCGGAGCCCUCAUCUUGGCGGCGGCGGCGUGGAGGCGGGCGGCGUGUCCGGCGCGUCCGGUGGGCGGCGGACGAUGGAGGAGAGCUGCGAACUGGACCUGCUGUACGUGACGGAGCGCAUCCUGGCCGUCUGCUACCCGCGGCCCGCUCACCCCGACACCUUCCGUGCCCACCUGCGGCACGUGGCGCGCAUGCUCCACUCCAAGCACCGGGACAGCUAUCUGCUCCUCAACCUCUCUGAGCGGAGACAUGACAUCGCCCAGCUGCACCCUAAGGUGCUGGACUUUGGCUGGCCCGAUCUCCACACGCCCGCCCUGGAGAAGAUCUGCAGUGUCUGCAAGGCCAUGGACACCUGGCUCAAUGCCGACCCCCGAAAUGUGGUCGUCCUGCACAGCAAGGGAAACCGAGGCAGGAUGGGGGUGGUGAUCGCCGCCUACAUGCACUACAGCAACAUUUCCGCCAGCGCGGACCAGGCCCUGGACAGAUUCGCCAUGAAGAGGUUCUACGAAGACAAGGUGGCCCCGUUCGGUCAGCCAUCCCAGAAGAGGUACGUCCACUACUUCAGCGGGCUGCUGUCCGGCUCCAUCAAGAUGAACAACAAGCCGCUGUUUCUGCACCACGUUAUCAUGCACGGCGUCCCCGACUUCGAGUUCAGAGGAGGCUGCCGCCCCUUCCUCAAAAUCUACCAGGCCAUGCAGCUUGUCUACACGUCUGGCAUCUACAACGUACGAGGAGACAGCCAGACCAGCAUCUGCAUCACCAUCGAGCCAGGCCUGCUGCUCAAGGGCGAUAUCCUGCUCAAGUGCUAUCACAAGAAGUACUGCAGCCCCGACCGAGACGUCAUCUUCCGCGUGCAGUUCCACACGUGUGCCAUCCAUGACCUGGGCGUGGUCUUCGGGAAGGACGACUUGGACGACGCCUACCAAGAUGAGCGGUUCCCCGAGUAUGGCAAAGUGGAAUUUGUGUUCUCCUAUGGCCCUGAGAAAAUUCAAGGCAUGGAGCACCUGGAGAACGGUCCGAGCGUCUCCGUGGACUACGCCACCGCCGACCCGCUGGUCCGCUGGGAUUCCUACGACGGCUUCGACGUCCGCCACGAGGACAGCGUGGACGAGGCCUUGCCGGGCCACACCCAGGGUCCUCUUGACGGGAGCCUCUACGCCAAGGUGAAGAAGAAGGAGGACGGCCUGAACGGCGGCGGGGCCGGGGCGGGCGGCGGGGUCCGCCCGGCCCCCUCGGCCACCCCCGACCACGUGGAGCACACGCUGUCCGUCAGCAGCGACUCGGGCCACUCGACGGCCUCGACCCGGACGGACCGGACGGAGGAGGCCCCGGUGCCCCAGGGCGUCGCGGCCGGGCCCCCCGCCCGCCGCCCCGCGGCGCCCGCCAUGCUGCCCGCCCCCGCCCGCCGCGUGGUGCCCGCCCAGGUCCACGUCAACGGGGACGACGCGCCGCCGGCCGAGCGGGAGACGGACAUCCUGGACGACGACGACAUCGACGACCGGCCGCCGCCCGGCCUCCUGACCAACGGGCUGGACGCCCCCGCCCUCGACGGCUCCGGCCUCCCGCGGGACGGCCCGGCCGCCGCCCUCCGGCCCGUCCGCCCCGCCUUCUCGGCCGGGGACGGCCGCGGGGAGGGCCCGGCCUCGCCGACCUCGCCCCCGCCCGGCCCGGCCUCGGGCGGGAUGUACCGGUCCCGGUCCUGCCCGGACGCCGAGCCCCGCCUGCCCCCGGCCCCGGUCCGGGGCGGCAGCAGCCGCGAGGCCGUGCAGAGGGGGCUCGGCUCCUGGCAGCAGCAGCUGCAGCAACUGCAGCAGCCGCAGUGGGGGCAGUGGGCGCCGCCGCAGCCGCGGCCCUGGCAGGAGCAGCCGCCGCAGCAACCGCCGUGGCGGCAGCCGCCGCCUGUCCAACGGCAGUACCGGAGCCCCCCGGGCUCCGGCCCUCCGGUCGAGGCCCUCCAUGAGAGGCGGCGGGCCUCGGGCGAGCCCGGCCCCCGGCCCGCGGCCCGGGCCCGCUCCCGCAGCCCGCCCGAGUGGGCGCGCGGGGCCUCGCGGCGGGAGAUCGAGCAGUCCAUCGAAGCGCUGGACGAGCUCAUGUCGGACCUGGGCUCGGCCUCGGCCCGCUCCGCCGUGCCCAAGUCCCAGAGCGCCCCGGGGGCCUGGCCGGGGGCCUGGCCGGCGGCCGCCUCCUCCCCGGGGGCCUCCCGCCGGGCGCCCCCCGGGCCGGCGUCCCGCGGCUCCCCGGAGCGCGCCCCUCCGGGCCGCCCGCCCUCGCCCUACGACUUCCAGCCCCGGCCGGCCCCCGCCGGACAAGCCCGGGACCGCCACGGCCCCGUCGCCGCCUUCGGACCCCCGGCCGCCCUCCCCGGGCUCCCGCCGAAGGAAGCCCAGCCGGGCCCGCCUCGCCAGCCGGAGGAAGAGCCCCUGAACCUGGAGGGGCUGGUCGCCCACAGGGUGGCAGGGGUCCAGGCCAGAGAAAAGCAUCCUGCGGAGCCCCCCGCCCCCGGGCGCAGACGUGCGGCUAGCGAGGGUCAGCCCGGGGGCCCCGGCCCGGAAGCCCCCUCGUCCCCCCGGAGCCCCGGGGUCCGCUCGCCGGUCCAGUGCGUCCCGGCCGAGCUGGCCCUCACCAUCGCCCUCAACCCCGGCGGGAGGCCCCGGGAGCCCCACCUCCACAGCUACAAGGAGGCGUUUGAAGAGUUGGAGGGGGUCGCCCCGGCCAGCCCACCCCCCACCGGCGUUCGUUCCCCUCCGGGCCUGGCCAACCCGUUGUCGGCCCUGGGCCUGAAGCCGCACAACCCGGCCGAGCUGCUCCUGCCACCCCGCGGAGAGCCCAGGAGCUACGUGGAGUCGGUGGCGAAGACGGCGGCGGCCGGAGCCCCGGAGCCCAAGUCGAGGAGCCCGCACCCCCAGGUCGGCCGGGCCUACGGCUCCGAGUCGCCCCUGAGGAACGGGGGUUGGGGCGGCUCCUUCUCCCCGCCCGGGCCCCUGUCCACCAGCAGCCCCGUCCUCGGCCCGGACAGACCCCCAGGCCCGCAGACCCCAUCUGUGGCUCCGAGUCCCAGCUGGCCCUGGACCGACUUGGUCUCCACUUCCGGCCCCGUCGGGCCGUCGUUGGGAAGCUUCCCGUUGGGGGCCAGCAGCCUCGGCGGCGUGGGCGGCGGCAGCCCGGGCCCGCUCCCCCGGCCCGGGCUCGCUCAGCGAGCCGAGCCUCGGUUCUCCCGGCUGGGGCCCCCCGAGCCCGCGGCCCCCUGCGCCUCGCCGCCGCCCAGCCCCGCCGUCAGCCCGACCCCCGACGACCGGGCCCGGGCCCAGCCCGGGCCUCACCCGCCGCCCCUGGCGUCCCCCGACCGUCUGGCCCGGCCCGCUACCCCUGAGGACCGGCGGCCCACCCUGUCCCGCCAGAGCAGCGGCUCGGGCCAGCGUGGGCCGUCCACCCCGUCCUUCCCGCCGGUGUCCCCGGGGUCCCCCAGCUCCGCGUCCUCCUCCCCGGAGCCGCCGGCGGCCUCCCUCAGGGCGGGGAGCCCCUUGCCCGCCGGGCCCGAGAAGCGCAGGAUGUCGGUGGGGGAGCGGGUCGGAGGCCUGUCCAGCUACGCCACGGUCAACGGCAAGGCCUCCUCCUCGCCCGUGUCCAGCGGCCUCUCCAGCCCCUGCCGCGCCAGCCCCGGCGUCUCCUUCUCCCACACCCUGCCCGACUUCUCCAAGAUCUCCAUGCCAGACAGCAGCCCCGAGACCCGGGCCCACGUCAAGUUUGUCCAGGACACGUCCAAGUAUUGGUACAAGCCCGAGAUCACCAGGGAGCAGGCCAUCACGCUCCUCAAGGACCAGGAGCCUGGCGCCUUCAUCAUCCGCGACAGCCAUUCCUUCCGCGGGGCCUACGGGCUGGCGGUCAAGGUGGCGUCCCCUCCGCCCACCAUCCUCCAGCAGAGCAAGAAAGGAGACCUCGCCAACGAGUUAGUGCGUCACUUCCUGAUCGAGACCGGCCCCCGGGGUGUGAAGCUUAAGGGAUGCCCCAACGAGCCAAACUUUGGGAGUCUGUCUGCGUUGGUAUACCAGCACUCUGUCAUCCCACUGGCCCUGCCCUGCAAACUCGUCAUCCCGGAAAGAGCCCCGCGCCCGUCGACGGCCACCCGGACCCGGGUCCCUCAGGGCGCGGGGGCCGAAGGGUCAUCCCGCCGGCCCACCGGCUCUCCGUCCAGCUGA